AUAAAAACCCUGUUGAGGAAAGUGAAACAGACCUUCUGCCUUACAAUGGAAAUGAACUCGAACAACAUUCUUCUACAUCUGCAUAUGAUACGAUGUCUACAGCUGACAGCUGUGCCAGCACAGUAUUGUUGUCCUGUUUGGCAAGCCAACCAGAGCUUGAGCCUCAAAGUGAAAUUGAUCAUCAUCUUUCCACCUCUUUCAAUUAUACCAUGUACUAUCAGAACAGCUGUACCAACACUCUAUUAAGUUCCUGUUUGGAACAGAUGGAAAUGGCUGCUAGUAUUCACAUCGAGGCUCUACAAGGAGAAAGAGUCACCGAACAGCAGCCAUCUUAAAAAAAAAAAGGAUGAAGCAGCAGAAGGAGAGAAGGCUGAAAAUUUGUGGAAAGAAAAAUAAUAGGAUGUCUACAAGGCUUUCGUAACAUCACAUGCUUCAUCUGCUCAUGGGAGGAUGUGUUCUUCAGAUGGAUGUCUUAAUUCCCUUUUUGACCAUCAUAUUCGCUGUGAUGAUUGUAAACGUCACUUCUGCCAUAGCUGCGAUAAAUCCAUUCAUUUUCGGUUACCGUUCCAUAAACGAAUAUGGCUUAAUACUGAAAGCUCUAAGAUAUUGGACCACACACAAUUUAUUAAGGAAAACGGAUCAGUUUCCAAGCAAGAGGUUCCAGUACCAGUAUUUAUUCCUUCAGCUUUCCAAAAGUGUCAAUCGUCUUCUCUUUCAAUUGCUGCUGGAAACGACUUUUGUAUCGUCAUUACUGCGAAUGGAAGGUUUGAUCUAAGUACAGCUUUGUUUCGCUGCAAUUCAUGCGAAUGUACUUUCGAUGCCACACUUGAUGAUUGCAUUCUAUCCGGUUUUUGGCCACCCGUGCCUAACAAGUUCACUUUUCUAUGUUGCAGUCAACUGCUAACUCUGUGGCAUCAUCUAAAAUUGCUUACCCCAGGAACUUCUGAACAAAAGUUCUUGGAAACGAUUUCAGCUAUGUUAGUAGAGGGAUCGAGAUGUCUCUCAAUUAAAACUCCUAUGUUAGCAAGAGCUGGCCAGGCUCAUGAGUUUACACGACACUUAACUGAUUCACGAAUAAAGCAGGUGGAUACGCUUUCAUGUCGUGCUUGUAUUGAUGAAAAAACCGGGAAUCCUUCCCUCCUCUCCGGCCAUCCUGAUGCAAAUCAUAAACUAACAAGGACUGAUCGUAAAAAUGAACGCCCAGCUAGGUCUUGGUAUGGUAGUGAGGUUAUUGCUGGGAAUGAACUUAAUAUUUCGAAAUCCGGAAGACUAAUAUUCUUGGAAGUUAACAUUUUAUCGGAGAAAAUCUUGAGAUUAAAAGCUGUUUAUGACGAAGCAUGGUCAUACCUCCGAUACUUCUGCGAAACCCCCAUUUUCUCUGAAUCUUUGAUUGAUGUUCAUGAAAGUGAUGACUACGACUCCGACACUUAUAGUGAAAACGACGAUGUUGUGUAGGAUGUUGUGUGAUUUAUUAUUAAGCAGCUUGUGCCUUGUCUAAAUUGCAUAAUCUGACUGUACAACUUGGAAUAUAUCAUACGGUUCCUGCAUACAACUGUAUCAUCAAUUAUGAAUAAUAUACCGUGGAUCGUGUUGAUAAAGUAAAUGUGGUUUUUUAUUAUUUGUUUAUAUCAAGAAUCA